AUGGGAGUACAAACGGCUGUCGCGUCCGGAGGAGCGCCCCCGGCGUUCGACAUCGGAAACUUGUUUGGGCUUCGAGGCUUCGACGGUCGGAAAACUGGCGAGUUCAACUAUGAGCCGCCUGGAGCGAGAGAUGAUCCGAGAACGGACCAACAGGCCGGAGGAUGGUUUGGUCGCAGACCGAAAAGGAAAGACAACAUGUGGGAGACCUUCCUGGAUGUCCCGGGUCUGGACGUGCCUGAGCAGCCCAAAGUGGACCCGGUUCAGGCAAGCAAGUCGGCAUUCGAGGACCUGCUCGCAAGCAGAGAUAAUAAUGCGGCAGUCGACGAGCAGUUCGUCGCGAGCCUUGCUGACUUCUUGCAAUCGUCUGCGAAUGAGCCCGAAGCCCACAACACGCUUCGAAUGGCGCAAUGGCAACUCGGGGGAAAGCAGAACCGGAUGACACGCGCCACACGUCGGAUGCUAGCAAAGAUUGUCGUAGACAAGGUGCAACUGGACACCAUAGAUUCCGACGAGACUUCCGACAUCAUAGCCACCUGGAUGCUACAUUCCCGAGCCCUCGCAUAUUCAGACACCAUUGUGGAUAUUCUCGACGCCGCAACGCCCGGGCAUUCUCUGCUCCGUAUCGUUGCCAAGACUACCGUCCAGCUGCUGCAGCAUGAUUUCAAACACGACGGAGCGCUUGAAGCGCUUCCGGCUGUCACGGAACACUGGCUGGAGUGCCUACGCCAAUGCACGCACUUGCAGAACCCACAUCAUUCCACUCCCGAGUGGAAGGCUGUGUAUGAGUUGCUUUCGCCUCGCAUACCGGACAUGCGGAUGCUAGCUUUGCACCUGUCGACCCUGGAACCGGACGAUCUUGCGCGGAUCAUUCUGCGACAUUGGGCAUCUGUGAUGACCGUUUCAGACGUAGCGAAAGACGGUCUGGAACUGACACUGGACCGUGCUGGCAAAUACCUCUUUCCGCGUCGAUCUCAGACCCUUGAAAAUGACAUCCUGCUGCGCGAUUUCGAGCAUUUGUGUGGAGAGCGGUUCGCCGAUCCGACGCCGCAGAUUCCACACAUGGAUGGCGACCCGAUAGCCCUGGUUGAUAUGCUCGAUGUGGUGCGACGGCAUGGAGCGAGUAUUACAAAUCUUGCGCACGGCACCAUGUCCAUUCUCACGCAUCCCAAUGCUGGCCCAAAGACUCCGGAGAGAAUUCACUGGGUAAUCCGUGGUUCGGCCCGCCGAAAUCAACUCGGCUCCGAUUCGGACCUGGCUACGGAUGCCAUUCACCAUCUGUUGAACGCUGGCUUCGUCGAAUAUGCCUAUGAAGUCUUCCAAGAUCUACCAGGCAUACCACUUAGUCGAUGUCGUCAGCUGCCGUUGGCAAUGUCUACUUCGACCAAUUUCGCACGCCACAAGCUAUGGCGUUGCUUGCAACGUCAGACCCCAGAUGACAUCGUUUCGCGUACGCACCGCCCUGAGGAGAAAAUGGCUCUCACAAAAGACCAUAUCGACCUCAUCCAUCUCGUGGCGCAGAACAUCUCACGCUCAGACCUCCCAUGCCGUGUGGCGUUUCGUCGAGUCGAGGAAUGCUACCUCUUCUUACGUGA